AUGUUGACAACAAUUAGUUUUAGAGAAGCUGUACAUAUUUACAUAAAUAUUGAAACCUAUAAAUUUGAAGAAACAUUAAAUCAAAUUUAUCAUAAUAGUUUACAGAAUUAUUAUUCAAUCAUGAACAGUUUAUCAAAGUGUACAACAUUAUCUGAGUCAACUGAUAGUCAAUUAUGCUUUAAUUCGAAUUUAACAACAACAACAACUACUACUACAAAAACAAAUGAUAAUACUACUUUUAAUGAAAAUAGUAGUACUGAAACAAAUUUGAUCAAUUCUAAUAAAGAAUUAUCAAUAAAUAAUGAACAAAAUGAACCAAUCAAUUUAUGUAUUCGUGAUCAAUUUAAAUUAAAUUUAAUGCAACAUACUAAUAAAAUGAAAAUUAUCAGUAAUAUAGUUUGUGCUAAUAAUAUUCAUGAUACUAGUAGGUAUAAUAUCGAUUGUUUCGGAAUGAAUAAUUUUAAUGGUAAUAAUAUAAAUGACAAUUAUUCUUAUAGUAACAAUAAUUCAUUUUAUCUUACGGAUUUAACUAACAAAAUGAAUAUGAAUUUAUAUGCUACAACGGAGUUGAAAUUGUUACCAGACAGUUUAAACCAAUUUUUUAUGAUGAAUUAUAAUAAUAUACAUCAUAAUUUUGAUUAUAAUUCUGCUAAUAUUACUAGUACUACAACAACCACUACAGUUAUUGAUAAUAAUAGUAACAAUAUCCAAGGUAGUUCAAUGUAUUCUAUAAUACGUACACCUUCGCCAACAGUUCAACAAUCCCAUCCUGGUAAUGAGUUUUUAACAUCGACACCAGUGUGGCGUAAUAAGCUUACAGAUGAUAUAGAAAUAUUAAAAAUUGGACGAGAAAACCUUAGAGAACAACAGAACGAAAGGGACGCGUCAACAAAUGAAGCAGAGAAAAUGAAGUGGAGAAAAUAUUCACGACAAAUUAAUCGUUUAUAUUAUUCACGUAAUAAAAUUGUACGUACACGUAAAAUUCAUCGAAAAUUAAAAAAUCAUUCUGAUAAUAACAAUAUACAAAAAAACCCAAUUAGUGGUGAAAAUGCUAAUGAUAUUAAAGAAAAUGGUGUUAUUACCUGUCGUACAAAUACUAGAUCAAUUUGUAGGAGACGUCGUGUAGGUUGGCGUGGAACAACAAUAUGUGCAGCAUGUGGAUUAAUGUUUGAAGGAAUGAAUCAGCUUAACACGCAUUAUUCACAUGUACAUGGAAGUCUUCUAGAAUCAGAAUGCACAUUUGCACAAUAUUCAAAUAGUAAAACAUCUAAAUUACUAUUUCAAGCUCAACUUGACCUCUUAAUAUCUGAAAAAGAACUACAACAUAAUUCUCUAACAUCUACUACUAAUGAGAAGAAUUUUAUUCCAACAACAUCAACAUCAGUAACAACUUGUAAAGAAAAUCAUGUUAAUAUUCCAUCAAUCGAUUCAACUGUCAACCAUUCUGUAGAUAAACCAAAUGAUCAAUCCAAUCAACAAAUUAUCAAUAAUCAACAAAUAAAAAGUUAUCCAUGUCCAAAAUGUAAUUAUACAGCUAAAUGGCCAACAGAAUUACAAAAACAUGUUAUGGUACAUGCAAAUUCACGACCAUUUAUUUGUUGUGUUUGUGCAACUAGUUAUAAAUGGAGUUGGGAUUUAGGUCGACAUUUUACUAAUUCACAUCCUAAUUUACCUAAUCCAUAUAAACGUCAACGUAUCGGUAAAACAAUUUUAAAUGAAUCACGAUUAUAA